AUGCUCGCCAACAGCAUCUGCCUCAUUGGUUUCGCCGCCGUCGCCAUGGCUGCGCCCCAGUUUAACAGAGAUCCCAAUAACAACUGCGACCGAACGGCACAGAUGGCGCGCGUCGAGGAUCUCCGCAACAAGGGCCUCACGUGUAAUGAGGCUGCUCAGGAAACUUUUGUAUGCUCUGAUGGCCUUGGCGGCGACUGUUCUAUUAAUAUCUUCGGUGAAGGAAACUGCUUGAUUUAG